ACCGAGCUGACAGCGCAGGCGACGCUGCCCGCAUUUCCAUUCCAUCACCAGACUGGGGCUGAAUAAAGGCGUGCUUGUGUGGUAGUGUUUCUUUUUUAAAAAUCUCAAAGCCAAGAAGAACAGGCUGAAAUAGCAUUUUCAAAAAUGGAGCGUAAAAUAAACAGAAGAGAAAAAGAAAAGGAGUAUGAAGGGAAACACAACAGCUUGGAAGAUGCUGACCGAGGAAAGAACUGCAAAUCCACACUGAUGACCCUCAACGUUGGUGGAUAUUUAUACAUUACUCAAAAACAAACACUGACCAAGUACCCAGACACUUUCCUUGAAGGUAUAGUAAAUGGAAAAAUCCUCUGCCCGUUUGAUGCUGAUGGUCAUUAUUUCAUAGACAGGGAUGGACUCCUCUUCAGGCAUGUCCUAAACUUCCUACGAAAUGGAGAACUUCUACUGCCCGAAGGGUUUCGAGAAAAUCAACUUCUUGCACAAGAAGCAGAAUUCUUUCAGCUCAAGGGACUGGCGGAGGAAGUGAAAUCCAGGUGGGAAAAAGAACAGCUAACACCCAGAGAGACUACUUUCUUGGAAAUAACAGAUAACCAUGAUCGCUCACAAGGACUGAGAAUUUUCUGUAAUGCUCCUGAUUUCAUAUCAAAAAUCAAAUCUCGCAUUGUUCUGGUGUCCAAAAGCAGGCUGGAUGGAUUUCCAGAGGAGUUUUCAAUAUCAUCAAAUAUCAUUCAAUUUAAAUACUUCAUAAAGUCUGAAAAUGGCACUCGACUAGUACUAAAGGAAGACAACACCUUUGUCUGUACCCUGGAAACUCUUAAGUUUGAGGCUAUAAUGAUGGCCUUAAAGUGUGGUUUUAGACUGCUGACCAGCCUGGAUUGUUCCAAAGGGUCAAUUGUUCACAGCGAUGCACUUCAUUUUAUCAAGUAAUUACCUGUGUCAUGAACAAAGGCAACAAGCAUGCAGCCAGCAAGCUUCGGAAAACCACAGCAUCAAAGGCAUCCCGAAUAACGUGUGCCGGGCCAGCUCUGUACUCAGAGCCCUGCUGCUAAUCAAUUACUGUGAGCUAAGGGUAUGUAAAUUCUAUUGCUAAAGAUGUCCUUCUCAAGGGUGUUCCUGCUGAUCAGACUCUUACAAUGAAAACAAUGAUGUUCUAUAUAUUGUAAAUAAAGACUGAAUGCUUUUGCUAUUUGUUUAUUUCCCCUGAAGCUUUCAAUCAGAAUGUCUUGGGUACUUGCACAAUGAACAAGCAUGUACAUUAUCUAUCAUUCAUUUAAGUAAAUGGUAAUAAAAUAUGUUAAGGGGCUAUAAGAUUUAAAAUCUUUUCUAUAAAACUACAAAGAAACUGAACUGGUAAAAAUUAACUACUGAGAGCAAAAGAAAUGUGCAGAUGUACUAAAUAAGACAGAGCUCUAGUGAAACCAAAUGUAAUUGUUAAGAAGGUAUUAAAGUUAUUGAUUUAAUUUUAAUGGCAGACACCAAAAGCUUAUUCAUAGUUCCUGUAUUUCAUACUAGAAUUAUAGCUGAAUUGACAUAUUGCUGAACAUUCCUAGAAAACUGCGUAAUGACAAUAAAAAAUAAAUAAAAGCACUACUAGCUUCUUUGCUUGUAUUAAUAGUUAUAAUAAAAAGUUACAUGUGUCACUUUCAAAACAAAGAGUACCACUUGAUGAUUUCACACAGUACUAUGCAUUGAUGCAGUCAACUGGCAGGCUACAGUAACCCUGGCUGGUCUUGCAAGUGACAAAAAUCAGUAAAUUCAUUUCUUUGCAGGCUGAGCUCCAACACAGCAUGGACAACUUAGCCUUAACAGCUUAUGUGGUAUCAAAAUAAUAAAGGAGUUCAUUUUCAGAACCAUCCUAUGAAUCCAUUUUUCAAGCUCAAAAAUAUUAAAUGAGCCACUAAACAUUACUCUUACGAAAGAACUUUAUUCUUUUCAAUACCUAUUCUGAUGCAAAUCUCAAAUUCACUGAGUUGUGUUAAUGUCUUUAACCUCACGCUAAAUAGGAAGUUAUAAUUGUUUUAUUUUGGCUUCUCAGUGAAAUAAUGCAGAAACUUAGCUCUAAAUUUGAGUGCAUUUCUUCCCUCCCAAAGAGCAGCUAAAUAAUUUCUAUGCCCCUCAUUUUCUUUAGCUUCUAAGAAUAAAUUAUAUCUUAAAUUUGCUCCUUUAAAAUCUAACCAUUAAAACAGGUAACUAAAUCUUAAUCUUAAUAAAUUUAAAUCCUGACUGAGGUUACAUAAAUUAGCAUAUAUGCCAAAAGUUUGCUUACACAUUAAAAAUUUAGAAUAAAUUAGCAGCAAAGCUAAUAUUCAUUCUCAGAACUGACUUCCACUUACAAAAUCAGAGGUAAUGCAAAAGUUGCCUGCACAUAGUAAAUAUUUUAGAAUCUAUUAUAAAGUCCUUUUAAAAAUCCACAUAAAAAAAAACACCAAAAUUCCAUAUCAACCACACAAUCUUCUUUUAUGUAUAAUGGGAAAAAUGUUUCUAACAAAACAUCAAAUUAUCUCUUAUGUGCUUUAACAUGGCUUCAUCAGGCUUUAAAGGAACUAUGAAAAUGGAAAAAUAUACUUAAAUCUACUUCAGAACAGUUCACUGUAAUUGAACUGUUUACAUACCUCUCCAGCUUGUGAGUUGACUUUUCCUUGGCAUUUGGACUUCGGUAAUGAAAAAAAUGAGAAUGAUUUAAUGUCAAAGCAAGAUUUUGUCUAACCAAGAUUUCAUUGCAGAUAAUGAGAAUAGCCCUGACAUAUCUUUUUACAGGAGAUAUCACUGAACAAAUCUCCUUAGAGGUAGUGUGAGUUUUUGCAUGAAUUCACAAAAAGAAUUUAACUGUUCUAACAAAUUAUUACAGAUGGAAACUACUACUUAAAGAAAUCUGUCAUUCAUUUUAAUGUAUGUCUCUAAAAGAAAUCAUAUCUGGAUGCAUUUAACUCAUCCUCACACUCUUGAUAGAUCAUAAUAUUCUAAAACAAUUUAAUAAUCUAGAAGGAUAUUUGGCUAGAUUAAUUACUCUUGUACAACUCUUUAUACAUGUACCUUUUUAAAUUCAGCUAGUUGCAUUUGGAUUUACAUAGCCAAGUGCAUAAAUACUGUGUUGUUAAGUAUACAGAAAAUAUCAUUUUCAAUUUUCCCAUUUCUUAAAAUAUUUAGAAAUACUUUCCAUUAAAAAAGACUCAAGAAAUCAUACAAAAUGUCAACCAUAAGUCAGAGUGAUGUUGUCAUAUUUUUCUUUGCAGUCAAUGAAGAAUUUCUUCCUUAAAAUUCUUCUCACAGAAAUUAUUAUUCUCAUUGCUUUACAGAAUAAAUCACAAAGUGACUCUUAAUUUUCUUUUUCCCAAAAGAAAAGUAAUAAAAAAUAGUUUACUUGCCACAAGCCAAACAUACAUACUCUUGUAUUUGGAAUUAUCCCAUGCAAUGCCUCUAGCACUGUCUUUAAAAUAUGGAAAGUGAAAACACAGAUUAUAGUGUACUAUAUUUCUAAAAUGUAUAUGGCUGUGUGCAGAGCAAAUGAAACACUUACUGAGACUUUGCAAGUAAGAAAGAUGACUACCAUCCCAUACUGAAGCUAAUAAUACUAAUGAAGCUUGUUAUUAUUUUAAAAGAAAUUUCUUUAUAGUUCAACUGCUAUUUUAAAGAGGAUAUUAAGCGACUGCCUUCGGCUCAGGUCAUGAUCCUGGAGUCCCAGGAUGGAGUCCCACAUCGGGCUCCCUGCUGAGCAGGGAGUCUGCUUCUCCCUCUGACCCUCUUCCCUCUUGUGCUCUCUAUC